AUGCAAAGGCGCGCAAAACACCCACUGGAGGGCAAGCUGCCACCAUGGAAAAAUUCACCGAAGAGUCACAAGCGGGUUAACAACGAGCCUCCCGUCAUGAGUCCAAUCGGUUCCGAGCAACUGGAGAAUCAAAGAGGAUUUGUGAGUUUGGCCGAUGAGGGGCCUCAUUCGCCAAAACGCUGGAGGUCAGAAACACUCACGAGGGGGAACAUUGACUCGCAGGCAGAGUGUAUGUCAAGACGGGAACAGUUAUCGGAGUAUCCCGGCAAGGCGAAUCGUCAAUCAGAAGGGCAGAAUCAGGAACCAGUACACCCCCUAGUGAUGAUCCCGCCGGCCUUCUUGCACAAGUCUGUCAACACUACUCCUGUCAAAUAA